GGUGCCGGGUCGCGGGCGGCGGCUGACAGACGAGAGACGGGGUUGGCGCGAGGAGGUCGAGGGACGGCGGUCUACGCACACACACACUAGCAAACAUGCGGGAGAUUCUGCACCUCCAGGCCGGCCAGUGCGGCAACCAGAUUGGCUCCAAGUUCUGGGAGGUGAUCUCUGACGAGCACGGUAUCGCACCGGACGGCCGCUACAAUGGCUCCUCAGAACUGCAGCUGGAGAGGAUCAACGUCUACUACAACGAGGCCAGCUCGGGCAGCUAUGUGCCCCGGUGCAUCCUCGUCGACCUCGAGCCGGGCACCAUGGACUCGGUGCGCUCUGGACCCUUUGGACAGCUCUUCAAGCCUGAUAACUUCGUCUUCGGCCAGUCCGGCGCCGGCAACAACUGGGCCAAAGGCCACUACACAGAGGGCGCCGAGCUGGUGGACAGCGUCCUCGAUGUCGUCCGUAAGGAGGCUGAGGGCUGCGACUGCCUGCAGGGCUUCCAGCUGACGCACUCCCUGGGAGGCGGCACCGGCUCCGGCAUGGGCACCCUGCUCAUCUCCAAGAUCCGCGAGGAGUACCCCGACAGGAUCAUGAACACCUACUCUGUGAUGCCCUCCCCCAAGGUCUCCGACACUGUUGUCGAGCCGUACAACGCCACCCUGUCCGUCCACCAGCUGGUUGAAAACACCGACGAGUCCUUCUGCAUCGAUAACGAGGCCCUGUACGACAUCUGCUUCCGCACCCUGAAGCUCAGCAACCCCACCUACGGUGAUCUCAACCAUCUCGUCUCCCUCACCAUGUCCGGCGUCACCACCUGCCUCCGGUUCCCCGGCCAGCUGAACGCCGACCUCAGGAAGCUGGCCGUCAACAUGGUGCCCUUCCCGCGUCUGCACUUCUUCAUGCCGGGCUUCGCGCCGCUCACAGCCCGCGGCGCCACCCAGUACCGUGCCCUCACCGUGCCCGAGCUCACCCAGCAGAUGUUCGACGCCAAGAACAUGAUGGCCGCCUGCGACCCGCGCCACGGCCGCUACCUCACCGUCGCCGCCAUCUUCCGUGGACGCAUGUCCAUGAAGGAGGUGGACGAGCAGAUGCUGAACGUGCAGAACAAGAACAGCAGCUACUUCGUCGAAUGGAUCCCGAACAACGUCAAGACGGCCGUGUGUGACAUCCCGCCGCGUGGUCUCAAGAUGUCCGCCACCUUCAUCGGCAACAGCACCGCCAUCCAGGACCUCUUCAAGCGUAUCUCUGAGCAGUUCACCGCCAUGUUCCGGCGCAAGGCUUUCCUCCACUGGUACACCGGCGAGGGCAUGGACGAGAUGGAGUUCACCGAGGCCGAGAGCAACAUGAACGACUUGGUAUCUGAGUACCAGCAGUACCAGGAGGCCACCGCUGACGACGAGGGAGAGUUCGACGAUGAGGAGGAGCAGGUUGAAGCCGAAUAAAUUGCCCCCUCCCCGCCCGCGGCCACCGGGAGGGUCCAUCGGGCCCGCCCGGCGCGAGCCAGUGAUGUGAUGGCCGUGCAGUCAAGUGCUCUUGUCUCUUUCUCUUCUCCGAAUGGCAGAGGUGGUAGUCAACAGAUCCGCCCAUCGACGUCCAGAAUCUUCCACCCUUAGGCAUUAAGCCUGCGUGUUCUUUUUUACUUUUAGUCGGCUUAACACAUUCCAGAAGAGGCCAUCCGAUGGCAUAGGUUUGGUGCAGUCCACUGGCUUAAAACGUAAACAGCGGCAUGGCUAGCUUUUAUUUGAAAGAUUUGGUGCGCUAUUUGGCGGUCAUGAAUCUAACAUGACCGUGCAUAUCAUUUCUCCGUUUCUUCUGCCUGGCAAUUGGUACAGAUGCGAUAUUGCACAAGACAUAAUGCGUAUAUUUUUCUGUUUUUCAUUCAUAUGUGUAUCUAAUGCGAAAUAGGGAUGUUUAUAAGACAGUUGGCUUUGGUAGAAAGAUAAAAGCUUUAAUGCUGUCCGUUGGUUUGGAAGAGAAGCAAAUAAACUGACUUCCUAACAACAAG